AUAUAUAAAUAUUUUUUUAUUCAUGUCACGUCAAAUCGUUCUUGGGCGUUGGUAAUCAUGUACAAAGCCGGACUUCUGGUGUUCACCCUUUUGGUAGGCAGCCUUGCUGUCCCAACGCCCGACAAUGACGACAAGUCGCUCGACCAGUUCUUCUACGAUGCUCCCGACUCCCGUAUCGUGGGCGGUACUGAAGCCGCUGCUGGUAGCCACAAGCACAUGGUUGCCAUGACAACCGGUCUGCUGGUCAGGAGCUUCCUUUGCGGUGGUUCCCUCGUCACCCAACGCUCUGUCCUCACCGCCGCUCACUGCAUCGCCGCCGUCUUCAGCUGGGGUUCCCUCUCAAGCUCCCUCCGCGUCACCGUCGGCACCAACCGCUGGUCCACCGGCGGCCAGACAUACUCGAUUUCCCGCAACGUCACCCACCCCAACUACGUCUCCAACAUCAUCAAGAAUGACAUCGGUAUCCUCAUCACCUCGUCCAACAUUGUCCUGAACAACCAGGUCCAGCCCGUGCCCCUCAACUUCAACUAUGUUGGAGGUGGUGUGCCCGCCAGAGCCGCCGGUUGGGGCAGAAUCAGGGGUGGCGGUCCCAUCUCGGCUACUCUCUUGGAGGUUCAGCUCAACACCGUUCAGGGUAACGCCUGCGUCUCGCAGGUGAUCCAGGCCUCCCAGACCUUGAACGUCGCCGCUCCUCCCGUAGAACCCCACAUCGAGCUCUGCACCUUCCGCGCCGAAGGAUUCGGUACUUGCAACGGUGACUCCGGCAGUGCGUUGACCCGUGUUGACAACGGCCAGCAGAUCGGUAUCGUCUCGUGGGGCUUCCCCUGCGCACGCGGCGCCCCCGACAUGUUCGUCAGAGUCAGUGCUUACCAAUCCUGGAUCAGCGCAAGCUUGGCUUACUAACAACCUAGAACCUGAUUAUUCGACUGUCUAUAAUUAUUAUUAUUU